AUGACUUCAUCGCUACUCAUGUUCCAAAUGACCUUUACGUACGCUGACCCGCUAGCCGGCUCAGGUCCACCCGCCUGGCGCUGCGCCAAUGCCGCCGACUCGCCGUGUAUGACUCUCCUUAAUGAACAGCUCUCAGCAAGCGCCAUUACAUCCUCCGCGACUUCGGAGGUGGGCACUGCGCCCGCCGGCGCGGAGCGGCUUACAGCGGCACAGAGCUUUUGCGAUUUGAAUCCAUCUCAGUACAUCUGGAACAAUCCGGAGAUGUCCCUGAGCAGCGAAUACAACUUAGUAUGCGGUCAGGCAUGGAAGGCAGGCCUGCUGGACACGCUUUUCUUUGCUGGCUUCAUGGCUGGGAACGGCGUCUUCGGCCGGGUGGCUGAUCGCCACGGCCGCCGCAGCACUAUGACCGCAUGUGCCGCCGCCACGGCGGUGGUUACGGCACUGUCGGCCUCGCCGCUCGUGCCUACAGGACCAGAGGCCACCGGCACUGCGUCAGGCGCUGGCGGCGGCGGCGGCGACAGCAGCCGCAGUAGCAGCGGCGGCGGCGGCUACUGGCUGCACUUGGUGUUGCGAUGUGUUUCAGGGGCCCUGUGUGCGGGUCAGUCGCUGGGGGGGUACGUGCUGGCCACGGAAACGGUGGGGCCCGAGUGGCGGGGUACAUCAGGGAUGUUGACGCAGUCGUUCUUCAUUUUAGGAGAGUUCAUGUUGGUGGGGCUGUCCCUGGCCUUCCCCCCCUGGAGGGGCCUUACGCUAGCGGUGGCGGCGUCAUGUGCUGCCGUACUGCUGCUGGUGCCGCUGGUUCCCGAGUCCCCCAGGUGGCUGUUGCUGCAUGGCAAGGCGAAUCAGGCCCGUGCCGCAUUCCUAUGGGUGGCACGAAUCAACCGGGUCCGGUCGCCACCGCCCCUGGAGUGCACCCCCGGCGGCGCGAUCUACCUGGAUGGGGCUCUUACCGGCGGCCCCAUCGCGAACCUCCAACACGGCCGAGGGGACGACGACGGCAACGGCAACGGCAGCGGUAAAUACUGCGCCACUGCCGCCGCCGUCAUAACAGAAAUCCCAGGUGGCGGUACUUACUGCCGUACAGCGACGUCACCCUCACCAACGAAUGAAUUUGACUGCGCGGCCGAAGAGGAGACGGCGCCGCUGGUAGCGGCACAACGUGACGACGGCAGCAGCGGCGGCAGCAGCGCCGGCGCCGGCGCCGGCGGCGACACCGCUGCCGUCGCCACCACCGGCCUCUUUGCCGUACUAGCUCACCCGGUGACGCGAUGCCUGCUCUUGUCGACCUGCUUUGUUCUGUUUGCUUUAUCUGUGUCGUACUACGGCGUGACGUUGGCGCUGGGCUCCCUCGUGGCGGGAUCUCUUCACCUCAAUUUCUUCCUGACGGCGGCGGCAGAGCUGCCCGGGUACCUCCUGCUGGCGGCUACGACAGACCGCAUGGGCCGCCGUACAGCCAUCACCGCCGGCACUGCGCUGGCGGGUGUGGCGAGUCUUGCUUGCGCCUUCACCUCGGGGGGUGUACUGCAGGUGGUAUUUGCCAUGGCUGGCAAGCUGGGUUGCUCGGGCGCCUGGGCCGUGGGACUCACCUUCGCCGCCGAGCUCUUCCCCACGUGCAUCCGCUCAGCUGCCCUCAGUGUAGCAAGCCAGUCUGGUGACCUGGGUGGUUUGGUCACCCCAGUGGUGCUGAUGCUGCGUCUUCCAGGUCGCUUCGAGCGACUUCCCUUCGCCGUGAUGGGCCUUAUGGCCCUGGUGGCCCUGGUGCUGGUGGCGAAGCUGCCAGAGACGCGGGGGAUGCCUCAGCUGGACACGUUUGACGAACUACUGGAGUGGCUCCACCGCAAUGGCCGUACGACAGCAGCGACUGCCGCUACUGCAGCUUCUGCUGCUGCUGCUGGUACUGCGGUAUCCCUGGAGUUGACCCGGCGUGAUGUGAGCGCUGCGGCGCCCUAUGGUACGACGACCGAGCUUGACGUCGAUGAUGUGCUGCGCGAUGAUGGCUACGGCUGCGGAAGUGGCGAAGUGCGCCAGGACAGUAGCGGCGGCGGCGGCGGCGGCUUGGAGUUUAAGCUGCCGUAA